AUGAAUCCUUCCUUCCCCAUCCAACGUCCUGGCGUCGUCAACAGUCCUGCAGCCCCACUCAUCACCGAUCCCCACCUCGUCAACCCUCCCCAGCCAGCCCCAAACCAAUGGGCGGCACUCAACACCAACCCCGAUCUACAGCGCACACUCUCUAAUGGAAGUAAUGGGUACAUCUCUAACCCUCUUCCCACAUCUCAAGCGCCACUUCCGAUUGCUCACUACCAGCAACUGUCAACCACCUCCCCUCAACCCAUCCAUCAAAGGUCCACGUCUACAGAGUUCAACCUCCUCAACUCGACUGAUCCUCAAAUCACUCAAGCCUUACUCCAGAUCAAACAGGCUCAAGAUGUUGUCAAGAACCCCAGUCUCUCCACGGCUGAGCGUGAGGCGGCUAUUCAACGUGUCUACGAAAUCCGUGAGGUGGUGGCCGCUCGUUUCCGUCGUGAAAAUAAUAGCAACAGUCCAAGCCCCCAAAACGCCCAACCUCAACAUCCCAGCGAAGCCCAGCGAGCUCCAAUGCCAGCAGCCUUCCAGAGACAACCGCAAAUUUUCUCUGGUAUGCAGUAUUCUGCUCAAGCUAAUAAUCCUACCAUCGCCCGGCCGCUCAACAGUAACCUCUCUGCUGCUACCUCGAGUCCUCGUCAAAACUUGAACCUCUCUGGUCGGAAUAGUCCUGCACCCCACCCCAACAACACUAAUCAACCCAUGGGACAUCCGAUCUCCCGACCGGGAUCCUCUCACCAAUCAAUCAUCGGCGGGCCCGCCUCCUCGCCCCCACCCAUGUCUAACGCCGCCAGUCCACCGAACAGCUCUGUCAUCGAUCUCACAAAGCGACGUGUAGCCCCCAGGCCAGCCCCUAAGAAAGUCGGCCAAUCCAUGGGCACACCCGGUUCCAACGCAGGCUCGCCCAUGAGUCAGUCCAUCAAUCUGGCCACCUCCCCUCAUCCUGUACAUGCCUCCCUCGCUCCGCUUUCACUCGGCACUCCCCACUCAACUCCUCAAGCCAAUGGCCUUCCAUCACACCCAAACGGCUCCAACAACAAUACGCAUGGCUCACCUCCAGCCGCACAACCUCAUGGCUCUCCUGCUCCUCAUAAAGACUCGUCUCUCUCUCCCGCCCCUCCUUCGAUAGCCGCCCCAACAACGACUACCACCAAAAUUUCGCCCGCACCGAUCACGCCAGCACCAGUCCCAUUUCCCCCACCUAGACCCACGAUGACCGGUGGUCACGCGGCUUCGUCUACCUUGGCAGGCGCGUUGAUGCAUCGGCCGCCGACCAACGGAAUCAGUGAGGCCCUCGGACAGGGUAGUGGAACUCAUGAGGCAACGAGAGGCCAAGAAGCUACUAGCGCUAAUCGGAUCAUCUCUAAACGUAAAAUCCAAGAGCUCGUCGAAAGUAUCGAUCCGUCGGAACGACUAGAAUCUGAGGUCGAGGACUUGUUGCUGGAAUUAGCGGACGAGUUUAUCGACUCCGUCACCCGCUUCUCUUGCCAGUUGGCCAAACAUCGCAAAUCAGACCGGCUGGAAACGAAAGAUAUUCAGUUACAUCUUGAACGGUCGUGGAACAUCAGGAUUCCAGGGUUCGCAAACGACGAGAUCCGGCAGAGUCAAUCUCGCCGCAUCAACGCGUUGCCAAGCUACCAAUCCCGCGUGGCGAUCGUCCGAGAAGCGAUCCGCAAACGUCGGUCCACCAACACUUGA